AUGACUUCCAAGUUGAGCGUCCGGCUCAACUACGAGCUGCUUCAAAUCGAAGAAGAAGGCCAUCGGGUUAUUAGCCCUAGGUCCGAAAAGAUUGUACUGGACCUUAUUCACCGUAUGGAUGAUCACAUUGAAAAUCCUGAUUUCCGAAAGCAGACCAAGUUCGCUCGCGAGAUGACAACAAAGGUAUCGGAGAUGCAUGAUCGAAUAAAGACCGACAAAGCCUACGAACCUGCGUUUAGAAAACUGGAAGAGCUGCUGGAGGUGCAAUUCCAUCUUCGAUACAGCGAUUAUUUAGCUAUAUACACAAGCCACAUGAGAAAAACGGCGAGAGACCUCAAAAAGAACAGCGACUAUGAGAUCAGCAGCUCCAAGUCUACUUAUAACGAGCCCGACUCUGGUCCUGACGAACUCAAGCCCGCAUAUGAUGGCCUUAAGCCCACCGAUGAUCUCAAGCCUGCGCCUCACGCCAUAUAG